AUGGGCAACGAGGCGAGCUUGGAAGGGGAAGGGCUCCCGGAAGGGCUGGCGGCGGCGGCGGCGGCGGCAGCAGCCGGAGGAGGGGCUGGCGGGGCAGGGAGCUCCUUGCACACCGUGAUCCCGGCCGGCAUGGAGGCGGAUCUGAGCCAACUGAGCGAAGAGGAGAGGAGACAGAUCGCCGCUGUCAUGUCAAGGGCGCAGGAGCUGCCCAAGGGAAGCGUUCCCCCGGCCGCUGCGGAGCCGCCUUCCAUGCACAGGAAGCAAGAGUUGGAUAGUAGUCAUCCUCCAAAGCAACCAGGAAAACCGCCGGACCCUGGGCGUUCGGCUCAGCCUGGUCUCAGUAAAAGUAGAACUACAGACACUCUGAGGUCAGAGCAAAAGUCGCCUGGAAGGAGUCCUUCCACUAUUAGCUUGAAAGAAUCAAAGUCCAGAACUGAUUUGAAGGAAGAGCCCAAGACUAGUAUGAUGCCUGGCUUCCUCUCAGAGGUUAACCCUUUAAGUGCUGUCUCCUCUGUUGUAAAUAAAUUGAAUCCUUUUGAUUUGAUAUCAGACUCUGAUGCAUCCCAGGAAGAAACUGCCAAGAAACAAAAAAUAGCUCAGAAAGAACAAGGAAAACCGGAAGGAAUCACAAAGCCUCCAUCACAACAGUCACCUAAGCCAGGUCCAAAGCAGCAAGGACCUGUGAGGGUCCCACCACAGCAGGAUGGCUCUCCCAAAUCAGUAUCUUCUCAGCAACCGGAAAAAAUGAAGUCACAACCUCCAGGGACAGGCAAGCCAAUUCAGGGGCUUACCCAGUCACCUCAGACAGACCAGGCACAGUGGCCACUUCAAAGAGAUACAGCCAGGCCUCAGACUAAACAGUCUGAUGCUGUAAGGGGAGAAUCUGUUAAACCUGCACUGCAAAGCCCAUCCAAACCACCUUUUCAGCAAGCAAGCCCUGGAAAAGCUCCAGCCCAGCAACCUGGACCUGAAAAAGUUGCCACGCCACACCCUGGGCCUGCAAAGCCCUCAGCUCAACAACCAGGGACAGCAAAGCCUGCUGCUCAGCAGCCUGGGCCAAAGUCUUCAGCUCAGCCUCUUGGGCCUGCGAAGCCUCAAGUGCAACAGGCUGGGGGAGAGAAGCAGCCAGGGACACCAAAGUCUCAGCAGCCAGGGCCAGCAAAGCCCACAGCCCAGCAGCCAGGGACACCAAAGUCCCCAGCUCAGCUGCCUGGGCCUGCAAAAACUCCUUCUCAGCCGGUUGGGCCAACAAAGUCUCUGGCUCAGCAGCCUGCGGCCAAGCCCCCUCCUCAGCAGCCUGGCCCGGCCAAGCCCCCUCCUCAGCAGCCUGGCCCGGCCAAGCCCCCUCCUCAGCCGCCUGGCCCGGCCAAGCCCCCUCCUCAGCAGCCUGGCCCGGCCAAGCCCCCUCCUCAGCAGCCUGGCCCGGCCAAGCCCCCUCCUCAGCAGCCUGGCCCGGCCAAGCCCCCUCCUCAACCACCUGGCCCGGUCAAGCCCCCUCCUCAACAGCCUGGCCCUGCAAAGCCUUCACCUCAGCAGCCUGGUCCAGUAAAACCUCCCCAACAGCCUGGCCCAGCAAAGGCUUCAGCUCAGCAGUCUCCAAAACCAGUAAGCCAAACAGGAGCUGGGAAACCUCUGCAGCCACCAGCUUCUCCAUCUGCGGCACAGACUCCAGUACAAGGCCUCCCUAAAACCAUCUGUCCUCUUUGCAGUACCACUGAACUUCUGUUGCAUGUUCCAGAAAAGGCCAAUUUUAACACAUGCACUGAGUGUCAAACCACUGUCUGUAGCCUCUGUGGCUUUAAUCCCAAUCCUCAUUUAACCGAGAUAAAAGAGUGGCUCUGUUUAAACUGUCAGAUGAAAAGAGCUCUAGGAGGUGAUCUGGCUCCAGUUCCACCAUCCCCUCAGCCCAAACCGAAGACUGCCACCGUGACUCCUCCAUCCGCAGUGAGCAAACCGUCUCCACAGCCACAGCAGACUUCUCCAAAGAAGGAUACUGUACCCAAACAGGAUCUCUCAAAGGCCCCUGAGUCUAAAAAGCCCCCACCACUAGUGAAACAACCAACCAUUCACGGAUCUCCCCCACUUGCAGCCAAGCAGCCUCCUGUGGCUGAGUCUUCAUCCAAGCCAGCCCCUCCCAAAGAACCUUCGGUCUCAUCUGAGCAGGCCAAGGCCCCCAUGGCUGAGGAUAAACCAAAGCAGCCCAAGACGGUGAAACCAGCCACAGACGUUGUGUCUUCAGCACCAAUAGCAGCAAAACCUGAUACUCCAAGCUCCAAAGUACAGUUGGAGGAUCAACAGAUAACAGCCCCUCCUCCGAAAACAGAUGCUGCCAAACCCUCACAGAGUUUUCCACCAACGGGAGAAAAAGUCACCCCCGUCGAUUCUAAAGUUAUACCCCGACCUGCAUCAGAUUCAAAAAUUCUUUCACACCCUGGGCCUAGUUCAGAGACUAAAGGUCAAAAGCAAGUUGAUUCAGUUCAAAAGAGGGAAGAACCCAAGAAAGCACAAACCAAAAUGAGUCCGAAGCCAGAUGCCAAGCCGAUGCCAAAAGGGUCGCCACCGGCCCCAGGCCCACGACCUACCACUGGCCAAACUGCCCCCCCAUCUCAGCAGCCCCCGAAGCCUCAGGAGCAGUCAAGACGCUUCAGUCUGAACCUGGGAAGUAUUACUGAUGCCCCCAGGUCACAGCCCACGACACCUCAAGAAACCGUGACUGGAAAGCUCUUUGGGUUUGGAGCAUCGAUCUUCAGCCAGGCAUCAAAUUUGAUCUCCACCGCAGGCCAGCCUGGGUCUCAGUCUCAGAGCGGGCCUGGGGCCCCAACAAAACAAGGCCCUCCUCCUCCACAACCACCUCCUCAGGGGCUACCCAAAGCCACAGGUCAGGGGCCACCAGCACCCGCAAAGGUUAUCCCUGUGAAAAAAGAAACGAAAGCGCCAGUGGCUGAAAAAUUAGAGCCCAAAGCUGAACAAGUUCCAACCGUAAAAAGAACAGAAACGGAAAAGAAGCCUCCACUUGUUAAGGAGAGCAAACCUUCAGCAGCGGAGCCUCAAAAGUCUGUUCUAACGCCCAAGGUGGAGAAGACUCCCAAACCAGAAUCAACCUGUCCUCUCUGCAAAACUGAACUCAAUGUCGGUUUGAAGGAGCCUCCUAACUUCAAUACUUGCACGGAAUGCAAGAAUCAAGUGUGUAAUCUCUGUGGAUUUAACCCUACACCACACUUGACAGAGAUUCAAGAAUGGCUUUGUUUAAAUUGCCAAACCCAGAGAGCAAUAUCAGGACAGCUCGGAGAUAUGGGCAAAAUGUCACCUACACCUUCAGGACCAAAAGCCUCUCCUAUGCCCGUGCCUCCAGAACAACCAUCUCAGAAAGCAGCAAUGCCCCCCCAAGCAAAAAUGAAAAAGAAGGAACAAGAAGUAAAAACAGAAGCUGAGCAAAUAGUUCCAGAAAAAGUGAAAGAAAUACCAUCAGUUGAAAAGAUUCUCCCAAAGGUGACCACAGAUCACAAACAAGAGAGUCAACUAGAGAAAGACAAAACUUCAGCCCCUCAAGAAGAAAAGCCACCCUCUGAGGACAAAAAGGCACUCCCAGAAGAAAAAAAGCCACCUCCUGAAGAAAAGAAACCAACCUCUGAAGAAAAAAAGCCAGAACCUGAAGACAAAAAGUUACCUCCAGUAACAAAACCAUCAGCUCUAGAAGCGGAACAGAAACAAGACUUAUUUAAAACUCAAGUACCAAUCACUGAAGAAAAGCCAGAAGGCAAAGUGACUCCACAGGUAGUACAGGAGAUGCCACCACAGACCAAAAUGGAAGAUAAACCCUCUGGCCCGCCUCCAAGUUUGCCCAAGGAAGACGAUGAGGCAACUCAAACAAUGAAAGAACAACCACAGGCAGCAGGCACAGCAAAGCCUGAUCGGGUGGAACCUGGAAGAGAAAAAACAGAAAAGGAAGAUGACAAAUCAGACACCUCAAGUUCUCAGCAACCAAAAAGCCCACAAGGUCUGAGUGACACAGGAUAUUCUUCUGAUGGGAUAUCAAGUUCACUUGGUGAAAUUCCAAGUCUUAUUCCAAGUGAUGAAAAAGAUUUGCUCAAAGGACUCAAAAAGGACUCUUUUUCACAAGAAAGCAGCCCUUCCAGCCCCUCAGAUUUGGCUAAGUUAGAAAGUACGGUCCUAUCCAUUUUGGAAGCUCAGGCAAGUACACUUGUUGAAGAAAAAACAGAAAAGAAAACCCAACCUCCUGAGGUUACUUCUGAGCCACCUAAGGACCAACCAAAAACUCAGACUUUAUCUGAAACCCUAGAAACCACAGUUGCAGAAGAGGAGCUCGCAAAGAGUCAAGAAGAAAAAGACAUGUUAAAAAAAGAUAGCCAACAAGAUGGUCCUUCCAGAAAGGACCAUGAAGAGAAGUCUGAGUUUGUUGAUGACACAGCUACUAGAAGACAGUCUUAUGAUUCAGUUGAAGACAGUAGCGAAAGUGAGAACUCACCUCUCCCACAAAGAAAACGGAGAACUAGUGUUGGUUCAUCGAGCAGUGAUGAGUAUAAACAGGAAGAUAGUCAAGGAUCUGGUGAAGAGGAGGACUUUAUUCGAAAGCAGAUCAUAGAAAUGAGUGCCGACGAAGAUGCUUCAGGUUCUGAAGAUGAUGAGUUCAUUAGGAGCCAACUCAAAGAGAUAAGUAGCAGCCUUGAGAGCCAGAAGAAGGAAGAAACAAAAGGGAAAGGGAAGGCGACACCAGGGAAACACAGGCGACUAACUCGGAAAAGCAGUACAAGCUUUGAUGAUGAUGCAGGGAGACGCCAUUCAUGGCAUGAUGAAGAUGAUGAGACAUUUGAUGAAAGUCCUGAGCUUAAGUACAGAGAGACUAAAAGUCAGGAGAGUGAAGAGCUUGUAAUUGCUGGAGGAGGAGGGCUACGUCGAUUCAAAACAAUUGAACUUAACAGCACAAUAGCAGAUAAGUACUCUGCAGAGUCCUCACAGAAAAAAACAACUUUGUAUUUUGACGAGGAGCCAGAAUUAGAAAUGGAAAGCCUGACAGACUCUCCAGAAGAUAGAUCAAGGGGGGAAGGAUCUUCUAGUCUUCAUGCUUCCAGCUUCACCCCUGGCACAUCCCCUACGUCAGUGUCGUCACUGGAUGAGGACAGUGACAGUAGCCCGAGUCACAAAAAGGGAGAGAGCAAACAACAACGUAAAGCUCGGCACAGGUCACACGGUCCUCUUUUACCUACUAUUGAAGAUUCUUCAGAGGAAGAAGAAUUGAGAGAGGAAGAAGAAUUAUUAAAGGAGCAAGAAAAGCAGCGGGAAUUGGAGCAGCAGCAAAGAAAGUCUUCUAGUAAGAAAUCAAAGAAAGACAAAGAUGAACUUCGAGCUCAGAGAAGGAGGGAAAGACCAAAGACACCACCCAGUAAUCUCUCUCCCAUUGAAGAUGCAUCUCCAACGGAGGAGUUACGUCAGGCUGCAGAAAUGGAGGAACUCCAUCGAUCUUCUUGUUCUGAAUACUCACCUAGCAUAGAGUCAGACCCAGAAGGUUUUGAAAUAAGCCCAGAAAAAAUAAUAGAAGUGCAAAAAGUUUAUAAAUUGCCCACAGCUGUGUCUUUGUUCUCUCCAACAGAUGAGCAGUCUAUUAUGCAGAAAGAAGGUGGCCAAAAGGCAUUAAAAAGUGCCGAGGAGAUGUAUGAAGAAAUGAUGCAUAAAACCCACAAAUAUAAAGCUUUUCCAGGUGCAACUGAACGAGAUGAAAUAUUUGAAAAAGAGCCUUUGUAUGGUGGGAUGUUAAUAGAGGAUUAUAUUUAUGAAUCUCUAGUAGAGGACACAUACAAUGGUUCGGUAGAUGGCAGUCUGCUAACAAGGCAAGAAGAUGAAAAUGGAUUUAUGCAGCAGAGAGGGAAAGAUCAAAAAAUAAGAAUUCCAGAACAGAUUUAUGAAGAUCCUAUGCAAAAAAUAACAGACCUCCAGAAAGAGUUUUAUGAGUUAGAAAGCUUACAUUCUGUUGUGCCUCAAGAAGACAUCGUUUCAAGCUCUUUUAUCAUCCCGGAAAGCCAUGAGAUAGUAGAUCUGGGUAGUAUGGUAACUUCUACCAGUGAAGAAAAAAAAUUAUUAGAUGCUGAUGCUGCCUAUGAAGAACUCAUGAAGAGGCAACAGAUGCAGUUAACACCUGGAUCCAGUCCAACCCAGCCCCCCAUCACGGACGAUAUGACCGAGUCUACCAUGGACUUUGACAGGGUGCCCGAUGCAUCUUUGACAUCAAGUGUUCUCUCAGGGGCAUCUCUUACAGAUUCGACCAGCAGUGCAACACUCUCUAUCCCAGAUGUCAAAAUAACCCAACAUUUUUCAACAGAAGAAAUUGAGGAUGAAUAUGUAACUGAUUAUACAAGGGAAAUUCAAGAGAUAAUUGCCCACGAAUCACUGAUUUUGACCUACUCUGAGCCUUCAGAAAGUGCUACAUCUGUCCCACCCUCUGACACACCCUCUCUCACGUCAUCUGUUUCUUCAGUUUGUACCACAGAUAGCUCCUCACCCAUUACUACGCUGGAUAGCAUAACCACAGUUUAUACAGAGCCUGUGGACAUGGUAACUAAACUGGAAGAUUCUGAGAUUUCUUCACCAACGUAUUUUCCAGGCAGCAUCAUAGACUAUCCAGAAGAAAUAAGUAUAUCUUUAGAACGGAUUGCUGUACCAGAUGGAAGAACUAGUGCCGAUCAUGUUGUGAUUUCCUUAUCUGAUAUGGAACCUCCUAUCAUAGAAUCUGUAGGAACUGUACCUGAGGGGCUCAUUGCUGACACUGUUUCCACUGACUCAUCUACAUCUGAAAAAGACCCAGUGAAGAAAGACAAGAGGGACACUGGAAAUGGAAUUAUUCUCGAGGUUUUAGAAGCUUACAGAGAUAAAAGGGAAAAGUCUGAGGUUGAACUAACAAAAAUGGGCUUAUCUGAAACUGUGUUUGAUCACCCUCCUUCUGCUGGUGCCGUGGAGGAGCAGGUUCUAGCAACAUGCUUUCUGUCUGGACAGGUCUUUGAUCAAGCAAAACCUGCAUCUCCAUUACCAUCUGGCAGUCCUUCUGUUACGUCUCUUCCAACAAAAACUCAUCCAUUCUUUAGAAGUUCUUCUUUGGAUGCAUCAGCUCAACCUCCUCCCCCACCUCCCCCUCCCCCUCCCCCACCUCCUCCUCCUCCUCCCCCUCCUCCUCCACCUCUUCCUCCACCAACCUCACCUAAACCACCUGUUCAUCCUAAAAAAAAGCUAACAGUUACAGCUCCAGUGACUCUAACUCCUACGGCUACACCUCUAGUUGAUGCUGUUACUACAGUAGAGGCCACAGCUCUUCCAAGAAGUAGUGGCUUACCUGUAACAAAAAUAUGUACCACUGCGCCUCCUCCUGUUCCUCCUAAACCAUCUUCCAUCCCAUCUGGACUUGUAUUUACACACAGACCUGAGCCAAGUAAACCUCCAAUUGCCCCGAAACCAGCAGUUCCUCAGCCUCCAGUAACUACGCAAAAAUCAGCAGAUACACACCCCAAACCGACAGGUCUAUCUUUAACUUCAAAUAUGACACUAAAUUUAGUGACUUCAGCAGAUUAUAAAUUACCUUCCCCUACUUCCCCACUUUCUCCUCACUCUAACAAGUCCUCCCCAAGAUAUUCCAAAUCCCUCGUGGAAACCUAUGUGGUUAUCACAUUGCCAUCUGAACCUGGGACUCCAACAGAUUCUUCAGCUAGUCAAGCGAUUACCAGUUGGCCCCUGGGAUCACCCCCCAAAGACCUGAUUUCCAUCGAACCAGUGUUUUCUGUAGUUCCUCCUUUAACAACUGCAGGAAUGCCAAUUUCUUCAGAACAGAGCUUGUACCUCUCUGGAACUCUGGAGACAUUUUCUGCCCUCCCUGUCACAGCGCUCUCUUCAUUUCAAGCGGCCCCAACCUCAGGAACACAGUUUUUCACGACUGAAGUUUCUAAGGCUGAGGUUUCAGCAGCCAGAAGUGCAGUCCCUAGUGUUGGUCUCAGCAGUGUCACUAUCUCAGUUCCUCCAGAGCCUCUUGCUCUAGAUAACCUACAUUUAGAGAAGCGUCAGCAUAAGGAAAAUGGAAAGGUGCAGCUUAUUGGGGAUGCCAUUGAUUUGCGUACCGUACCAAAAGUGGAAGUGAAAGCGACUGAAAAGUGUAUGGAUCUUUCUGCUUCCACCAUGGAUAUGAAAAGGCAGAUCACUGCCAGUGAUGUUUAUGGCAGACAGAUGAGUGCUGUCCAACCCUCUAUUAUAAAUCUCAGCGCUACUCCAUCAGUAGUAAGGCCGAUGGCCGUGGUCACUGAGACAGUGACUGUUGCCACAUGCGCCGCUAGUUCAAGUUACACCACGGGCGCAGAAAGCCUAAUGGGCACAGCACAUGCAACAAAAGCACCACUCCAGCUUACUACAUCAAAGCACGCUGAGCCCCCCUACAGGAUACCAAGUGGCCAGGCCUUCCCUGCAGUUAGGGAGGACGCACCCAUAAACUUAUCCUUGGGUACCUCAGCACACCCGGUGACAUCAGCUAUUACAAAACCUGUGACUGUGCCUCAUGUUGGUGUCACAAAUGGAUGGACUGAUGGCAUCACAUCCCAGGGGGUCACUGACGGGGAAGUAGUAGACCUCAGUACAACAAAGUCUCACAGAACUGUUGUAACAAUGGAUGAAUCCACCUCUGGUGCAGUGACCAAAAUAAUAGAAGAUGACGAAAAGCCUGUUGACCUGACUGCAGGGAGAAGAGCUGUAUGCUGCGACAUGGUUUAUAAGUUACCCUUUGGAAGGAGCUGCACAGCACAGCAGCCUCCAACUACUCUUCCUGAGGAUCGUUUUGGUUAUAGGGAUGACCACUAUCAAUAUGAUCGAUCAGGGCCAUAUGGAUAUAGGGGGGUUGGGGGAAUGAAACCUUCCAUGUCUGACACGAAUUUAGCAGAAGCUGGACAUUUUUUCUAUAAAAGUAAAAAUGCUUUCGAUUAUUCUGGAGGAACUGACGCAGCAGUAGAUCUAACUUCAGGGAGAAUUACUACAGGUGAGGUAAUGGAUUACUCAAGCAAGACCACAGGUCCAUAUCCCGAAACACGACAAGUCAUUUCAGAAGUUGGAAUUAGUACCCCACAGUAUUCCACAGCCAGAAUGACUCCACCUCCAGGAUCCCAGUAUGGUGUGGGGAGCGUUUUGAGGUCAUCUAAUGGUGUUGUCUAUUCUUCGGUAGCCACUCCAAUUCCCUCCGCAUUUGCUAUCACCACACAACCUGGCUCCAUAUUCAGCACUACGGUGAGGGAUUUGUCUGGUGUGCACACAGCUGACACAGUGACGCCAUUAUCCGCCCUGCACCAGAGCCAGCCAAUGCCUAGAUCAUAUUUCCUAACAACAGGUGCAUCUGAAACAGACAUUGCGGCAACCGGUAUUGAUAUCAAUGCCAGUUUGCAGACUCUUACAAUGGAAACGCUUGCUGCUGAGACAAUAGACUCAGUGCCCACUUUAACCACAGCCUCGGAAGUGUUUUCUGAAGUGGUGGGAGAUGAAAGCGCUAUUUUAAUCGUCCCUGAAGAAGAUAAACAACAGCAGCAGCUCGACUUGGAGCGUGAGCUCUUGGAACUGGAGAAAAUUAAGCAGCAGCGUUUUGCUGAGGAACUGGAGUGGGAACGUCAGGAAAUUCAGAGGUUCCGGGAACAAGAAAAGAUCAUGGUUCAAAAAAAGCUGGAGGAGCUGCAGUCUAUGAAGCAGCACCUUCUCUACCAGCAGGAAGAAGAGCGGCAAGCCCAGUUCAUGAUGAGGCAGGAGACGCUAGCUCAGCAGCAGUUGCAGCUGGAGCAGAUCCAGCAGCUGCAGCAACAGCUUCACCAGCAGCUGGAAGAGCAGAAGAUUCGCCAGAUCUACCAGUAUAACUAUGACCCUUCUGGAACUGCUUCUCCACAGACCACGACGGAGCAGGCAGUUUUGGAAGGUCAGUAUGCCGCCCCAGAAGGCAGUCCGUUUUGGGCCACUGAGGAUGCAACCACCACCGCAUCUGCCGUCGUGGCCAUUGAAAUCCCGCAGAGCCAAGGGUGGUACACGGUUCAGUCUGACGGUGUUACUCAGUACAUCGCCCCACCUGGCAUCCUGAGUACUGUCUCAGAGAUACCUCUGACGGACGUGGUGGUAAAAGAUGAGAAACCGCCCAAAAAGAGAAGCUCUGCAGCCAAAGUCCGUGGCCACUAUGACGAGGUGGGGGACUCUGACGAUCCCCGCUGCUUUAAAAAGAUCGUGGACAGCGGCGUGCAGACCGACGAUGAGGACGCCGCGGAUCGGAGUUACGUGAGUAGGAGGAGGAGAACCAAGAAGAGUGUGGAUACGAGCGUCCAGACCGACGAUGAAGAUCAGGACGAGUGGGAUGUGCCUACCAGAGCAAGGAGGAAAGCUCGCGCCGGCAAGUACGGUGACAGCACCGCAGAGGCCGACAAGACCAAACCCCUGGUCUCCAAAGUCUCCAGUAUAGCAGUCCAAACAGUAGCAGAGAUAUCUGUGCAGACUGAACCCGUUGGAACCAUAAGAACACCGUCCAUACGGGCGCGCGUGGAUGCCAAGGUAGAAAUAAUUAAACACAUUUCAGCACCUGAAAAGACUUACAAAGGGGGCAGUUUAGGAUGUCAAACAGAAGCAGAAUCAGACACACAGAGUCCUCCAUAUCUGAGUGCCACAUCUCCACCCAAAGACAAGAAACGCCCAACACCUUUAGAGAUUGGUUACUCAUCUCACCUUCGGGCAGAUUCCACAUUACAGCUGGCUCCUUCCCCACCCAAAUCUCCAAAAGUCCUUUAUUCACCCAUCUCACCACUUUCACCAGGCAAAGCCUUAGAAUCAGCCUUUGUACCUUAUGAAAAACCCCUCCCUGAUGAUAUAAGUCCACAGAAAGUACUGCAUCCAGAUAUGGCUAAAGUGCCCCCCGCAAGUCCUAAGACAGCCAAGAUGAUGCAGCGGUCCAUGUCUGACCCCAAGCCUCUGAGUCCAACAGCAGAUGAAAGUUCCAGGGCUCCUUUUCAGUAUACCGAGGGCUACACGACAAAAGGUUCUCAAACCAUGACACCCUCUGGCACCCAGAAAAAAGUUAAGAGAACUCUGCCAAACCCACCCCCCGAGGAGACCUCCACAGGCACUCAGUCCACGUACAGCACAAUGGGCACAGUUUCCAGGAGGAGGAUCUGCAGAACCAACACAAUGGCACGAGCCAAGAUUCUCCAGGAUAUAGACAGAGAGCUUGAUCUUGUAGAAAGGGAAUCUGCAAAGCUGAGAAAGAAACAAGCAGAACUUGAUGAGGAAGAAAAGGAGAUCGAUGCCAAGUUACGGUACCUGGAAAUGGGAAUUAACAGGAGGAAGGAGGCAUUAUUAAAGGAGAGAGAAAAGAGAGAGCGAGCCUACCUCCAGGGAGUAGCUGAGGAUCGGGAUUACAUGUCUGACAGUGAGGUGAGCAGCACCCGACCAACCCGAAUAGAAAGUCAGCAUGGCAUAGAACGACCGAGAACUGCUCCCCAAACUGAAUUUAGCCAGUUUAUACCACCGCAAACCCAAACAGAAUCUCAACUAGUUCCUCCUACAAGUCCUUAUACACAAUAUCAAUAUUCAUCCCCUGCUCUUCCUACCCAAGCACCUACCCCAUACACCCAACAGUCCCAUUUUCAGCAACAGACUUUGUACCAUCAGCAGGUUUCACCUUAUCAGACUCAACCAACAUUUCAGGCUGUGGCAACAAUGUCCUUCACACCUCAAGCUCAACCUACACCAGCCCCACAACCUUCUUACCAGUUACCGUCACAGAUGAUGGUGAUACAACAAAAGCCACGGCAAACUACGUUGUAUUUGGAGCCCAAGAUAACUUCAAACUAUGAAGUGAUUCGCAACCAACCCCUGAUGAUAGCACCUGUUUCUACUGAUAAUACUUAUGCUGUUUCUCAUCUUGGGAGUAAGUACAAUAGCUUAGACUUGAGAAUAGGAUUAGAGGAAAGAAGUAGCAUGGCAAGCAGUCCAAUAUCAAGCAUAUCUGCAGAUUCUUUCUAUGCAGAUAUUGACCAUCAUACUCCACGAAAUUAUGUCCUAAUUGAUGACAUUGGAGAGAUUACCAAAGGAACAGCAGCAUUAAGCACUGCGUUUAGCCUUCAUGAAAAGGAUCUGUCAAAAACAGAUCGUCUCCUUCGAUCCACUGAAACACGUAGGUCUCAAGAAGUGACAGAUUUCCUAGCACCUAUACAGACUUCCUCGAGAUUGCAUAGUUAUGUGAAAGCAGAGGAAGACCCCAUGGAAGAUCCCUAUGAAUUAAAGCUUCUGAAACAUCAGAUUAAACAAGAAUUCCGUAGAGGAGCAGAGAGCUUAGAUCACCUUGCUGGUCUUUCCCAUUAUUACCAUGCUGAUACGGGUUAUAGACAUUUUCCCAAAUCUGAAAAGUACAGCAUUAGCAGACUCACACUUGAGAAACAAGCAGCAAAACAAUUACCAGCUGCCAUACUAUAUCAGAAACAAUCAAAGCAUAAGAAAUCACUAAUUGAUCCUAAAAUGUCAAAAUUUUCACCCAUUCAAGAAAGUAGAGAUCUUGAACCUGAUUAUUCAAGCUAUAUGACUUCUAGCACUUCAUCUAUUGGUGGCAUUUCUUCCCGAGCAAGGCUUCUUCAAGAUGACAUCACUUUUGGCCUCAGAAAAAAUAUUACAGACCAACAGAAAUUUAUGGGGUCAUCUCUUGGCACAGGGCUGAGCACGUUAGGAAAUACCCUAAGGUCGGCUUUGCAGGAUGAAGCGGAUAAGCCAUACAGUAGUGGCAGCAGAUCCAGACCUUCUUCCAGACCUUCUUCUGUCUAUGGCCUUGACUUAUCAAUUAAAAGAGAUUCUUCCAGCUCUUCCCUAAGACUGAAAGCUCAAGAGGCUGAAGCUCUAGAUGUUUCCUUCGGUCAUGCAUCACCUUCAGGCAGAACUAAGCCGACCAGUUUACCAAUUAGCCAGAGCAGAGGAAGAAUACCAAUUGUGGCCCAAAAUUCUGAAGAAGAAAGUCCACUCAGUCCUGUUGGCCAGCCAAUGGGAAUGGCCAGGGCUGCAGCUGGACCCCUUCCACCAAUAUCUGCGGAUACCAGGGAUCAGUUUGGAUCAAGUCACUCAUUGCCUGAAGUUCAGCAACAUAUGAGAGAAGAAUCACGAACUCGAGGCUAUGACCGUGACAUAGCGUUCAUCAUGGAUGACUUCCAACAUGCCAUGUCAGACAGCGAAGCCUAUCAUCUGCGUCGUGAAGAAACAGAUUGGUUUGACAAACCCAGGGAGUCUCGUUUGGAAAAUGGACAUGGUCUGGAUCGCAAACUGCCAGAAAGAUUGGUCCACUCUAGACCAGUUAGUCAACAUCAAGAGCAAAUUAUGCAGAUGAACGGGAAGACUGUGCACUAUAUCUUUCCUCAUGCAAGGAUAAAAAUAACAAGAGACUCGAAGGAUCACACAGUUUCAGGUAAUGGAUUAGGAAUUAGAAUUGUGGGUGGUAAAGAAAUCCCUGGACAUAAUGGUGAAAUUGGAGCCUAUAUUGCCAAAAUUCUUCCUGGAGGAAGUGCAGAACAGACAGGGAAACUUAUAGAAGGGAUGCAAGUAUUGGAGUGGAAUGGAAUUCCUUUAACUUCUAAAACGUAUGAAGAAGUGCAGAGUAUCAUUAGUCAGCAAAGUGGGGAAGCAGAAAUAUGUGUAAGACUGGACCUCAAUAUGCUUUCAGACUCUGAAAAUCCCCAGCACCUGGAACUUCAUGAGCCACCAAAAGCUGUAGAUAAAGCGAAAUCCCCAGGGGUUGAUCCUAAGCAGUUGGCAGCAGAGCUCCAGAAGGUCUCCCUGCAACAGUCACCGCUGGUUCUGUCAUCCGUCGUGGAGAAAGGAUCUCACGUUCAUUCAGGCCCUACAUCAGCGGGAUCCAGUUCCGUUCCCAGCCCCGGGCAACCGGGGUCCCCCUCCGUGAGCAAAAAGAAACACAGCAGCAGCAAGCCCACUGAUGCAACGAAGGUUGUCUCUCAUCCAAUUACGGGGGAAAUUCAGCUUCAAAUCAACUAUGAUCUUGGAAAUCUCAUAAUCCAUAUUCUCCAAGCAAGAAACCUUGUCCCUCGAGACAACAACGGUUACUCGGACCCCUUCGUGAAAGUGUACCUUCUUCCUGGGAGAGGUCAAGUCAUGGUUGUCCAGAAUGCAAGUGCUGAGUACAAGAGGAGGACUAAAUAUGUUCAAAAAAGUCUUAAUCCUGAGUGGAAUCAAACAGUAAUUUAUAAAAGUAUCUCCAUGGAACAGCUCAAGAAGAAAACCCUGGAGGUGACAGUCUGGGAUUAUGAUAGAUUUUCUUCCAAUGACUUUCUUGGUGAGGUAUUGAUUGAUUUAUCUAGCACAUCUCAUCUCGAUAACACUCCUAGAUGGUAUUCUCUCAAAGAACAGACUGAAAGCAUUGAUCAUGGCAAGUCUCAUUCCAGUCAGAGCAGCCAGCAGUCUCCAAAGCCAUCUGUCAUCAAAAGCAGAAGCCAUGGUAUCUUCCCUGACCCAUCCAAGGACAUGCAGGUUCCCACCAUUGAGAAAUCCCACAGUAGUCCCGGUAGCUCGAAAUCCUCCUCCGAAGGCCACCUGCGCUCUCACGGACCGUCGCGCAGUCAGAGCAAAACCAGCGUCACCCAGAGCCACCUGGAAGAUGCUGGGGCUGCCAUAGCCGCUGCUGAAGCCGCGGUGCAGCAGCUCCGCCUGCAACCAACAAAGCCUACCAAUCACCGGCCUGCAGAAAGCUCCGUGUCCACCGGCUCCUCCGGCAGCAGCUUUGGCAGUGGGUAUAGCGUGGACAGUGAAGGAAGCAGCAGCACCGCAGGGGAGACUAAUCUAUUUCCUAUUCCAAGGAUAGGAAAGAUGGGGCAGAAUGGGCAAGAGCCUGUAAAGCAGCCAGGAGUAGGAGUGGGACUAGCAGACCCGGAGGUCAAAACCCAGGUAAUGGGAGAAAUCAAGAUUGCAUUGAAGAAGGAAAUGAAGACAGAUGGUGAACAACUAAUAGUUGAGAUUCUCCAGUGCAGAAAUAUCACCUAUAAAUUUAAAUCUCCCGAUCACUUACCAGAUUUAUAUGUAAAAAUAUAUGUGAUGAACAUCUCCACCCAGAAAAAGGUGAUCAAGAAAAAAACAAGAGUAUGCCGACAUGAUAGAGAGCCUUCGUUCAAUGAAACUUUUAGAUUCAGCCUCAGUCCUGCUGGACAUUCUCUUCAGAUUUUACUUUUCUCUAAUGGAGGGAAGUUUAUGAAAAAGACCUUGAUUGGCGAAGCCUGUAUCUGGCUUGACAAAGUGGAUCUCAGAAAAAGAAUAGUCAACUGGCACAAACUUUUGGUCAGUCCUACUCAAACCCAUUGA